AUGCGCGAAUACGGGAUGGAGUCCAUGGACGACUACUCGAACAGUCCCACACGAGUCCAACUCCUUCGCAAGGAUCCGUUGGGCUACGAGGAAUUCAGACAAGGCUUGAUGGAGCACUCCGGACUCGGAUCGGCGUUGACGUUCGCGGGAGUUCAGGGUCGCAGGCCGACUAUUUUCGCGCUUGAAGAUCGGAUGAAAGCACUCGACGUCCCGACGCUGAUCAUGACGGGCGAUGAGGACGACCCAUGUAUUGAGACCAGCGUGUUCAUGAAGCGCUGCAUCCCAAGAUCAGGUCUUGCGGAGACCGCCGACGCGAUCCGCGCCGUUGGACACGUGGACAUCAUGACUGAGGGCCGCAUCUACUGGUCGCUGAGGUCUUUGCUUGUGUCUCGGCAGGAGCAGUUGUCAGUAUUCGACCGCCUGUUUGGGCAGUUCUGGAACUUUGAGCCCCUCACCAGGCGACCUGAGCCGCAGGCGGACCCGACCGCAAACUUCGGCCAGACGCGAACCGUCGGUCGGGUGCCGCGAGGUCUUGGCGUGCCAGAAGAUGAUCCAGACUCCAAAGAUACGGUAAUUCAGCUACUCCGUACUGGGGCGAGCGGUCAGCACGUGACGGCUCAGCGCGAUCUGUCUGCGCUCGCUGGUGAAGACCUGUCGGAGCUUUCGCGGAUCGCGGCCCGAAUGGUGAGGGCGCUUGCAUCCAGGCCGGGGCGCAGACGCAGGCGUGACCGACGCAAGGGCGUGCCGGACUUGCGAAGCGCCAUGAGGCUCAGCCUCAGCACAGGCGGCGAUCUGAUCCGACUUCCCAGACUUCGGCGAGUGCCCAGGACGCCGCGCCUCAUGUUGAUACUUGACGUGAGCGGCUCAAUGGAUAGGUAUGCGCGACUUCUCCUCCAACUUGCCUACGCGGUAGGACAGCACACACGUCGUGUGGAGACGUUCGUGUUCAGUACGACAGUCACCAGAGUAACUCGUGAGUUGUCGGUUCCCAGCUUCUCGGAAGCGCUCUAUCGCGUUGGUCUCGCAGUCAACCACUGGUCUGGGGGCACGCGCAUCGGUGAGAGUCUGCGCCGAAUAAACACGGCCUACGAGUUUCUCGAAGAUCGCUUCACUACAGUCUUUCUCUUGAGCGACGGCUGGGAGACGGGGGAGCCGAGAGAACUGGCCCACCAGAUGUCGAGAAUGCGGCUGAGAGUUCGUAGUCUGGUCUGGCUGAAUCCCCUCGCUGGAACCGAAGACUUUCAACCGCUGGCUCGUGGUCUACAGGCAGCGAUCCCUAUGUUGAUCACUUCGUUCCCGCGAGCGAUGUCGAGCAUCUCAAGCGGCUACCGUCAUUGCUUCGUUCCUGAAUUCUCGACUACGUGUGUCUCUCUCGUCCCCUAUACUGGAAAUAUCACCAGUAGCCAAAGAGAGGCAAUCCGGUUUAUGAAGAUACUUGGAAUCUGCGGAAGUUUGAGAAGAGAGUCCUGGAAUCUCAAGCUGCUCAACAGGGGAUUGGAAGCCUUCGAAAGGCAAGGAGCCAUCACAGAAAUCUUCGACCUCAAUAGAGUGCCGAUGUACCACCCGGACACCGAGUCGGCAGAGGGCAUCCUGCCUGAAGCCGAGAGGAUGAGACAAGCCAUUCGAGAUGCAGACGCGGUGGUCGUCGCUUGUCCAGAGUACAACUCCUCGAUGACCAGCGCGCUCAAGAACGCCUUCGAGUGGGCUUCCAGGGGCGACAACGUUCUAGAUGGGAAAGUAUUCUUCGUCAUCGGAACCGGCCCAGGCCGCUCGGCAUGCGCCCGGAUGCACAUGCACGCAACCUACAGUCUGGAAUCCGAAAGCGCCAUCGUGGUCCACCAGCCCCGCGUGCUGCUGCCCACAGUCGCCAACUUCAUGACGCCAGACGGCGCCAUAACUGAUUCGUCAAUUGCAGAACUACUGGAUCAGGCUGCGGCUAGGUGUGAUCUCAAUGACCGAAAAACUGUCAUAGCCAGAACCGACAGGUGCAGGUUCAACCGACCUGGGGAAUUCCGGCUGGGCCUCAAACCGAAUACUUCUCAACCGACUCGGAUUCAGUUCCAACCCUAG